AUGGCCGCCAAAGGGGCCCGGCAGCGGCUGCGGGCUGGAGGUUGUGGGGAGUCGGCCCGGCCGCGGCCGGAGGCCGCGGAGGAAGCGCGCCUGGAAUCAUCUGGGAGCAAAGCAGGACAAGUUUGGGCCCCUGAAGGAUCAACAGCUUUCAAGUGUCUCAUCUCAGCCAGGUUCUGUGCAGCUCUCUUAAGUAACAUCUCUGAUUGUGAUGAGACGUUUAACUAUUGGGAACCGACACACUACCUCGUUUAUGGAAAGGGGUUUCAGACAUGGGAAUACUCUCCAGCCUAUGCUAUCCGCUCCUAUGCUUACCUGUGGCUUCAUGCCUUACCAGCCUUGUUCCAUGCUAGAGUUCUACAAACUAACAAGGUUCUCAUCUUCUAUUUCCUCCGAUGCUUCCUGGCCUUCCUGAGCUGCAUUUGUGAACUCUACUUUUACAAGUGAGUAUUUAGAAGCUGUCUACAGUGA